GAACCCCAGAAGUUGCGGCUCGUCUCACCUCCGUGUGACUCUCCGGUGUCUCCGGUGAACCUUCCCCACAUUUCCUCGCCAGGAGCCGGCGUGCCGAACAGAAACCGGUCAGAAAGGGGGGUGAAGUCAUGUUCAGACUCCUUAGUCACCAAGGUAGGAGGACGCCGAACUGCCUCACAGGCCAGCGGCGCUAUGAGCACCACAGGGCCGUCAUGGCCAUCCGCCGUGAGGACAUCAACCCCUGGGAGAGGAGGGCGCCGCUGGCCCCGCGCCACGUCAAAGAGCUCACCAACGCUGGCGUCAAAGUCUUAGUUCAACCAUCCAACCGCAGAGCAAUCCACGAGAAGUACUACAUGAAGGCCGGGGCCGUCAUACAGAAGGACAUUUCGGAGGCGUCUCUGAUAAUUGGUGUGAAGAGGCCGCCGGAGGAUAAGGUCAUUCCCAGAAAGACGUAUGCUUUUUUCUCCCACACCAUCAAGGCUCAGGAGGCCAACAUGGGGCUCCUGGAUGACCUGCUGACGAAGGAGGUUCGUCUGAUCGACUACGAGAAAAUGGUUGAUGCUAACGGCUACCGGAUUGUAGCGUUUGGUCAGUGGGCCGGUGUCGCAGGAAUGAUUAACAUCUUGCACGGACUGGGGCUGCGUUUUCUGGCUCUCGGCCACCACACUCCCUUCAUGCACAUCGGUAUGGCUCACAACUACAGGAACGUCAGCCAGGCCAUCCAGGCAGUGAGGGAUUGUGGGUAUGAGAUUUCCAUGGGUCUCAUGCCCAAAUCCAUCGGUCCCGUCACGUUUUGUUUCACUGGAACUGGCAACGUCUCAAAGGGAGCCCAAGACAUCAUCAACGAGCUUCCUGUUGAGUAUGUUGAACCUCACGAGUUGAAGGACGUCUCUGAAACUGGAGACAUGACCAAAGUUUACGCCACCGUUCUGAGCCGACACCACCACCUGGUGAGGAAGAGCGAUGGCAUCUAUGACCCCCUGGAGUACGAGAUCCACCCGGAGCUGUACACCUCACACUUCAGGACCAGCGUGGCGCCCUACACAACCUGCCUGAUCAAUGGUAUUUAUUGGGAUCCCCACACCCCUCGACUCCUGAGGCGACUGGACGCCCAGAAGCUGAUGAGGCCUCCCAAAACCUUGUCUGACGCCCACAUGAGAUCACCAGGGCUUCCGCACAAGCUGCUCGCCAUCUGCGACAUAUCAGCUGACACUGGAGGUUCUAUAGAGUUCAUGAAUGAGUGCACCACCAUCGAUAAGCCUUUCUGUAUGUACGACGCUGACCAGCACAUAGACCAUGACAGUGUGGAGGGAAACGGGAUCCUCAUGUGCUCCAUUGACAAUCUUCCCGCUCAGCUCCCCAUCGAGGCCACAGAGUACUUCGGAGACAGACUCUUCCCCUACAUCUGGGAGAUGCUUCCUUCAGACGCCACCAGACCACUGGAGGAAGAGGAUUUCAGUCCGCAAGUCAGAGACGCUGUGAUCACGUCAAACGGAGUACUCACCCCGAAGUUUGAAUACAUUGAAAAACUUCGAGAGAGAAGAGAAAAGGCUCAGAUCAUGAAGAAGGCUGGAAUGAAGCGAGUUCUGCUGCUUGGUUCAGGAUACGUCUCCGGACCCGUCGUUGAGUAUCUGACUCGUAACGAGGGGACCCAGGUCACUGUGGCGUCGAUGCUGCUGAAGCAGGCGGAGGAGCUGGCAGCUAGAUAUCCCAACACCAUCCCCAUCAUGCUGGAUGCCAGCAGCCAGGAAGGACACCUGGACUCUCUGAUCAAAGAUCAUGACUUGGUCAUCAGCAUGCUGCCGUAUUCGUUCCACCCGCUCAUCGCCAAAUACUGCAUCAAGAGGAAGGUGAAUAUGGUGACAGCCAGUUACCUGAGUCCUGCCAUGAAGGAGCUGCAGAGCAGUGCGGAGGAAGCGGGCAUCACCAUAGUGAAUGAGAUGGGACUGGACCCGGGUAUCGACCACAUGCUUGCCAUGGAGUGUAUCGACCAGGCUAAAGUCGAUGGCUGCACUGUGGAGUCCUACAGCUCGUUCUGCGGUGGUCUUCCUGCUCCUGAAUGUUCAGAUAAUCCUCUUCGUUACAAGUUCAGCUGGAGUCCAUACGGCGUCCUCCUCAACACCAUCAGCCCCGCCAUCUUCCUCAAAGACAACCAGGUGGUGAGCGUCCCGGCUGGCGGGUCUCUGAUGGACUCCACCACACAGAUGGAUUUCCUCCCCGGUUUCAACCUGGAGGGAUUUCCGAACCGCGACAGCACCAAAUAUGCGGAGCCAUACGGCAUCCAGACAGCACACACACUGGUCAGAGGGACUCUGCGCUUCAAGGGCUUCUCCAAGGCCAUGAGCGGUUUUGUCAGACUGGGUCUGAUUAACAGCGAGCCCUGUACCAUCCUGCAGCCCACUUCAUCUCCGGUUUCCUGGAAAGAGCUCCUCUGUAAGCAGAUGGGAUUGCCUUCCUCUACGUCCCAUGAUGCCUUUGAAGAAGCCGUAUACGAGUGCGUCGGAAAGGACGACUUCAGGAUGGACACCCUCAGAUGGUUUGGGAUGCUGAGCGACGAGCCGGUGCCUCAUGCCGACAGUAUCCUGGCUGCUCUGGCAAAACAUCUGGAAGCCAAACUCUCAUUUGAUAAAGGUGAGCGGGACAUGAUCAUCAUGAGGAACGACGUGGGGCUUCGCCACCCGACAGGCGAGCUGGAGACCAAACACAUCAGCCUGGUGGUGUAUGGCGACCCCAGCGGUUUCUCUGCCAUGGCCAAGACUGUAGGAUACCCAGCGGCCAUUGCUGCUCGCAUGGUCCUUGAUGGUGAAAUCACUACAAAGGGUCUGGUGGUUCCGAUGACAAAGGAUAUCUAUGGGCCGGCGCUGGCCCGACUGAAGGAAGAAGGACUGCACUUCAUCUCCAAAAGCACCCUGGAGGAAUAGAGCUGAGAACUCCAUGUAACUCCUGUCCAACACCUCCAGAGAUAAUGUAUAAAGUCCACAGGUUAUUGGCUGCUCUCUCACCAACUUUGUUUGUUUGUUUUUUUUCCAAAUACAUAUGUUAAAGGGGGAAAAGUCUGAAAGCAGGAAAAGCUAAAAAGGUAAAAUGUUUUGAUCCCCAAAAGUUGUUUUUAUUUUGUUGAAAUGAAACUGAUUAUUUCGUGAUGCUUUAUAAAACAUGUUUACUAGUUUUAGGUCAAAAAGCUGAGAAGGCAGCUGGUGACGGGAUUCAGUCAUCUAAAGUUCUAUGAAGAUGGGUCAAAGAUCACUUGAGCAAACAGUAUUUUAGGCAUUAGAAAUUUAAAGCAUUAAAAAGCACAGACGUCUCCUCAUUAAUCAGGUAAAACUAAUGUAGGAACAGGGUCUGACUGAAGGAUUUGAUUAAAUUCUGACAUCCAACAUAAACACCAUGUCAGCAUUUAGUCAGCAAGUAUAUUUAGUUUUAGCUGUAGCUGAGGCUGCAGCCUGUUAAAAACUAAAUGAAGAGUGAAACUUUCUCACAGCAGAGAUGUUCAGUGGGGAGUCAGAGCAAUGCCACAAAUGCUUUAUUAACCCGUGUGCAAUUAUAAAAAAUCACAGUUUUAGAAAGUUAGAAAUGAACUAAGCUGUUAAACAUUUCCGAGUUUUAACUGUCCUCUUUCCCCGUCAGCUCUAACAGCGUCUGCAUUAUACUGAUUUUUGCAUUAAUUAAAAAUCCAACAAGCUAAAUAUGACACUGACCUCAGUAUUGGUCAUGUAACAGACUCCACAGUGAUCAGUGAGGAUUCUAGUGAAGCUGAGAACAGCUGGUUUGUACAGGAUCAUGAGGAUCAUUUCAUCUUGUUGCUAAGAAUUUAUGUUCUUAUGGUGCUUCGACAACAUGUAUGGAGCUGCAGUAGCUGCAGUAUGAAGUCAGCAUCUAAUGACAGUCCCUUAAUCAUCCCACAGUGAUUGUAUCAGAAAUGACGCAGUAUCAUUUGAAAAAAAGAAAUACUUCUAUUAAAACCGUAAAAAUAACUCAGACUUUAAAGUAAUGACUUUAAAAUAAUUUUGGGACAUUAUCACAAAACUAAACAUGAGCACUACAGAUUUGUUAUCUUUAGAAUAUUAUUUAUUGACUCCUGAUUGAUUCGGUAACCGACACGUGGUCAGUAACAGCUCAAAAGUAGAAGUUUCAGAGAGUGAAUCUGUAUUUGUGGAUCCUUUGUAUAACAGGGAUCCUUUGUAUAACAACAGACUGGUGAGUAUUUAUUUUCUGCCACCUGAGCAAUAUUUAUUUUAUUUUUGGUGAGGUGUGGGCACCUUGUAAACGAUUUGUCACAUGCUUUCAAAUGUGAAAAAACUAGUAUCUGAGAUAUAUUUUUAAAAAUAACAUAUCGAUAUAUAUGUA